GAUGAAUAUGAUGAGCAUCGUAUGUUUUUGUCUGCUGCUACUUAGAUUGAUCAGCAAUGUUAACGAAAGCGAACUUAUUCCGGAUACCUACGAUGGCAACGUGUUUGCCCCGAGCUGCUGGCUCUCCAAAGAAGUCGUGUAAGAAACGGCAUGCAAUGUAACGUGUCGACUCCAGGACACCGCGUAAUUUUUUUCGUUUUUGCUUUUCCAGUUGUUUUUUGUCAAGCGAGGCUAGCUCCGUACUUCUACGAUCAGCUACUUGGUUACGUUACAGAGCCAGAAUGGCGCUCUAGUCAUUUGUACCGAAGUAGUCUGCGGUACUUCUUCACCCCGAACAAAAAUUCACGUUCGGGCGGUAUCGGGGAAUUCGCCCUGCUUGCAGAUGGGAUCCGGCGAUUUCUAGGGCCAGUCGGCGGCACCGACACCGAGAAGAAGAAUACCACGAGCGUCGACGGGCUGCUCCGCAGAGCUUGGCAGCGGAUCCGUCAAGUUCCCGAACUGCGAGAAGGCAUUGCCAAGUAUGCGCAGUUGCUUGAAGUGCAGCCGUUCCUCUCUAUCACAAACGACGUCGCUCGCGAUCUGUGGCACUACAGCUUUCAAGUUCCUUUCGCAGACUUCCGACUGUUAGCCGCCGGCGUGCGGGCCUCGCUGCCUCCGCGCGCGCAAGAGUUCCGAUGGCAGUGCUGUAUCCAGAAUGGCGAGGCGCGGGCUUUCGCCGCGAAAACACUGCUGGAGGACCCAACGAAAAGAAGGCGGGCGCUAGACAUCGCGGUGCGCGACGGCGCAGCAAACAUUUUUCUCCCGCCCCGCGGGAGCGUGAGGCCAAGUUUGGCAAGAUUCUGCAAAAACUUUGGAGCCCCGGAAACCGAUUUAGAGUUUGCAGUGUAUCUUAUUGAAGGUGUAUACACCAAUACUAAUAGAAAAGCGAAUAAACUUGCCUUGCGGCUUUCCAGGCAGAAAAACGCUUUAGCUAUUCAGCAUGCCAAGCUUUUUUGCUACCUCUCUGAUCGCAAGCAGCAUCAUACAUAAACUGCAUCCUGCAUGACAGUAAGUUGUGUCUGCGCAUGACGAUUUUAGGCAACACAAAUGUAUUUGCGAUUGGUGUACCUUUCUCAAUGAUGCAGAGCUGAAUUACGCAUGCGACGAGGAGCCGGCUGGGUUCUUCGGCUUCCUUUUUCCAGCGCUGCAUGCUGACGCGUUCGCGUUGUUUUAUCCAAAUGAUAGUCCGCAGGUGGAUAACCGCGAGGUGCAAGCCUAUGCGAGUACAAAUGCAACUUCUGCAACUUCUGCUGUAAAGACCCCGUUCGCCCUCCCGGUUAACUCGUACGAGGAGGGGUACGUGCGCGAAUCGGUAUUCCCGGCGUCUGUGAAUAGCAAGGCUCCACCGGGCGCGCUGGCGCGGUACGAACCGCAGCUCCACCGUCUGCACGGAGUGACAAAUUUUGCAACCGUCGGAGCUGCAGAAGCCCAGAUCAUUGGACCCACAAGAAAAGUUAAGCUAUUCAGCACGAUCCCGGUGGGGACGCGGCUGCAUCGAGAUUUUGGACCACACAGUGACUUGAGGGUGCAAGUAUUCCAGUUUUUGCAUGCCUUUGCAGAGUUGGGACAUCAGCAGGUCGCCGUUGCGAGCCAGUACUUCAAUUUUUUUCCCGGAGACGCCGAACCGCGCGACGCAACACCCUCCGUGUACUACAGGGGAAAAGGACGUGACGACGCCGCUCCUCUUCUGGACGUGGAGAGUGUGAAAAAAAGACGAGCAGUCCUGCACUCGAGCCACUAUGCGGACCGCCCGAAAGAGCCGCUCCAUCGGUGGGCUCCGCUGGUCGGGAGAUGGAAACCGGCGUACAGUGAAGUGCUUGAACAGAGGAAGAAGCUCACGUACGGCACUCUGCCUUGCGAUCAGAGAUACAUCCUGCAAGCGUGGAGCGACAUUUUGCGAGCCGGACGUCGACGCGAAGCAAGCAAAACACACGAGCUGCCUUCAUCAAGCGAACAGAAAAAGUGGCAACUAGAGGCGAGUUCGGCCCUGGCGAUUGAAUAUGUGUUGGUGGUACUAAAUACGAUCAUGCUGCAGAAGACCAAGCGCCAGUUUGAUUCUUUCAUCAACAUGGGCGCCAACGAUGGGUGGCACGAGGACCCGUUUCCCAGCUUGUUUUUUGACCGGCAACAAGAAAUUCGCCUUGCGUUGGCCGUGGAGGCCAACCCUCGUGAUUGCCAGCGGCACAAGCGAAACUGGCCGCGAAUUCCCGUUCUGUGUUCUUCCGUGACGCCGGAAAACGUCGGGCAGCGGGUCUUAAGCGCAAUUUUGGCGGCGGAAGGGUACUAUGGCCCACGGAAAAAUGAUACCACCUUGUCGCAGGAGAAAGUGGCCGCGCGUCGAACACUACGCAAGUCACGAGGCUUGCCGGUCGUGGACAUAGUAAAGAUAGACAUCGAUAGCUUUGAUUGCGACGUGUUACAAGCCUUGCUGCAGACUGUGCUUCAGCAAAGACCAGCACCCGGAAAUAUGUACACGGAAACCAACAUGGGUAGCCAUCCACGCGUUCUAAAGGAACUGCCGCCGCUGCCCAGUCUUAUUCUCACGGAGGUGUACGAUGGGGUUCCACCGCCUUUCCGUUUUUCCCAGAAGUGGACGCGUGCUGGGCGGAGCGACGAAACACGCACAAAAAGUGAGCUCCGAGAUAGUUCAGACCACAUCUUCCCGGGGGCUGCUUCCUCUUCAUUUUCAUCUCCUUACACCGCGGAGAACUUAGAGGAAUUUUACCAGUUCGACGGCCGUGCUCGCAGCGGAGGCAGCAUGCCCAAGCCAUGGGGCUGCUCUCUCUCGUACCAGGCGAGGAUGCUCCGCGGGUUUCAGUAUGAGCUCAUUUGGUACAGUGUCGGAAACGCGGUGUUUGCGUCCCCACAGUGGCUCGACGCGGUACAGUGGCCCGACCGCGGAGGCCUGAACGAACUGGACUGUGCACUCACGACGCCGGUAGUGUCCAUGUGGCCCAGCGGGGACCAGAUUCGACACUGGAUGCUUGCGGCUGAAGACCCGGGCAGCGUGGCGGAGAGCAUUCGCAUGGCGAUACGACAAAAUUGGAAGCGAACGCAUGGAGAAACGUCGGCUUUGGACUUUGUCGUUGAGGCGUAGAGACGCGAGCCGGACAGCGGCCUUCGUUUUUCCAAGGCGGGAUUGACAUGUGCAGUCCGAUGAAAACUGUGGAGGUACGCGCGACAACGUGGUAGCAAAGUAAAAAAAAAGGCAGUUCCUGGAAAAUA